CCCCCAUUCAACCACUCUCCUCUCUGUUCCAGUGUGUUUACUACACUGCCGAGCAUAAGGGAGACACUCGUCUUCACAUGCACUGAACCCACUAAGAAAAGCAGUUUUUAGUUGUAUUUGUAAGAAAACCUCCAAGAGAUCAACAUGCCCAAGAGAAAGGCACAGGGAACAGAAGGAGGCGAAAAGGAGGAGCCCCAGAGGAGAUCAGCUCGGUUAUCAGCGAAACCAGCCCCGCCCAAGCCGGAACCAAAGGUCAAGAAGGCGGCAAAGAAAGAAAAGGCUGUGAACGAUAAGAAGGAGGACAAGAAGACCAAGAAGGCAAAGGAGAACGCAGAGGCAGAGGCCAACGAAGAAAACCACUCUGAGAAUGGAGAGGCCAAGACCAACGAGGUGGAGGCAGCCCCCGAGGAGGCCAAGGAGGAGGCCAAGUCCGAGUAGCACCACUGCCCAAACUUCCUCCUCUACGACCCCCUUCCCCUCCGAUCCCCCUCCUCCCAGCCAGCCAGCCAGCUCCCCCUCAAGUCUCUCACAUGGUUUCCCUCCAAGGCGUAUUGUUAACAGAGGAAUAUUUUUAUCAAUGAUUUUAUAAGUAUCCGUACAGAUUUUUAGCACAAAAAGCAAAGCUGAUUAUGGAGCGCCUUGCAGAUUUGCAGUGGUCAUAUCAAGUGUCUGCAAGCAAGAUGAACACACUAAAAUCUUUUUUAAAUGGCAUUUCAUGAUUGUUGAAGGCUUGUUUGGUGUAGAAAGCGUGUCCCCGCCGGAUUGACUAUGUCGUGAGUUGUGUAUUACUGUGUUUUUCCUCCUUCCCUGCUCUCCCCUCCUCCUCCCCUCCUCUUCUUCUUCUUCUUCUUCUUCCACAGAUUAGACCUUCCUCCCCCUCGACAGCUCAGCCUUUAUCCAUGUUUUAUUAACGGUUCAGCCAUGUUAAUGUGGGUGAUUCUUUUAGACCUUUUAAAUGUGCAGUGAGUUCCCCCUUUGCUUCUGUCUCAUGGUCUUGUUUUUUUUUUUUUUUUUUCAUUGAAAAAUUGUGUUUUAAAAAAAAAAAAGCGUGUUGUCCAUAAGAAAGAGGAAGACGAACAUGUGAAACAUUCCGGGAACAGCGAUUGCCUCCGACCUGUCUCCUAGACGACCCUGCGUGUACAACAGCUCCUGCUCCAUCCACGCUGUCGUGUGUCAGCUUUUCUAAACACUCUGGUUUUUUUAAAAUGAUUGAAUUUGGAAACCUUCUCUGACAAAUGCAGGUGUCUGGUCCCUCUCUUAUGUUCUGAAAUUCUCUUAAUAAAAAGAAGUCCUGGGAAUUUUCCUCGAA